AUGGCAAUCUAUCAUCUCGCCACCAUCGAUGCCUCCAAGAAGAACUGGACUGUUUUUGCAAAAGUGAACCGUUUAUGGCUAAGUCCGAGCUUAUAUGGUUCAAAGCUUCCCUUUUUCAUGGCAAUGGUUCUUAUGGAUGACAAGAUUUCGUUCUUUGGUGUUGGUGAAAGCGGUUGUGAUUUCCGUCCAACCUCGCAUCCAUUCAAGAUCAACUUUGAUAUACAUAUUUAUGUACGAUUGGUUCCUAACAAGGCUAUCAACUUAAGCCCUUACUAUUUUGUGCCACUUUCUGACAUAAUGUUUAAGGACCUUGAUGUGAUUGGAAUACUCACCGGAGCAAAUGGUGAACCAGAGUUUGAGAAAGAUGUUACAAAGCAGAAAAGAAUUACUAUUGAACUUGACCAAGAUGGGCUUCGGGUUGAAUGUGCCUUUUUUGGAAAAUAUGUUGCUGAAGUUGUUGGUUAUCUUGCAUCUGUUGAUGCAAACAAUGUUGUUGUUGUUGUGCAAUGUGCCAGGAUAAAGCCUUUUAAAGGUAUUUAUAAAUUUGAUAUGGUGUCGAAUAAUUAUAAUUUAGGCUAA